AUGGCUAGUCUGCAGACGGCGUCUCGUCACACAGGUGGGCACGGGAGCAAGCGAAAGCGGAGCCUACAAAAGCGAGAGUCAGUGGCGAAUUCGGCUCUGCAGGCUGUCCUCAGACUCGUUGGUCUGGGAGACGCCAAGUCUAAAAGCGAUCUUGGUAUUGACAAAUGGCUCGAGCCCAACGACGAUGGCACACCCUUCCUCGACGGUCCAGAUGGACAGCGUCUAUGGCGCCCGGACUGGUAUGCGAAAGAAUCGGAAGCUACGUCCGAGCCCUUUGAGGACCCGUCUUUCUAUUUCGACACGAUGGAUCCCUCAGAUCCCUCUACCAUCCCCACGCCGCUCACUCCCCUUGAGCAGAUUCGACUAGCGAAACAAAACGAAGGGCUGGGCAUUCUUCUUCAGUCCCUUUCGGAAGCUGUCAAGAACGCAGUCUCGGCUGAGGCGCAAGAUGUCUUCAAGCCAAACCCGAAAAUGUUGUGGGAUGAGCUGUACACCCUGUACUCUCAAACAAUUGGCAACCGCAUCAGCCAACUCUACUCAACGCUGUGGUGGACACGCGUUCCACUUGGGGCCAAUCCUCUCCCUUUCCUGGGUGAUGGUGAUUUGCACGAGAGGGCGAACGUCGUCAAGCGGGUCGAGAAGAGACUUGAUAGUGUCAAAAAAUUCUACCAAGACCACUACGACGACUCACCCUUGGGCCGCUGUCGAGAGGGCGUCGCGUUGAAGCCGGCGUUCGUGACGUCAGAUUUAACCUUCAACACCCUCUUCUUCAUUAAGAGAAACGAGGGCCUCCAUGGUCUGAGUGAGGAAGAAUUUGACGCCUACCGCGAUCUCUGUUCGGGCACGCAGCAGUGA